AUGUUGGCCAAUUUGAAGGAGCUUUCCGAGAAACUCGGGCUCUCACAGACGACCGUCAGCAGGGCGCUGAACGGAUAUCCGGAGGUCAGCGAGACAACGCGGCAGCGGGUCAUCGAUGCGGCGCGCGAGCACAAUUACGCGCCCGAUUCAAGCGCACGCCGGCUGGCAACCGGCAAGACCCGGACGAUCGGCCAUGUGGUGCCGAUCUCCAAGCACGACAUGAUCAAUCCGCACUUCACCGAUUUCAUCGCCGGCGCGGGCGCGGUCUACAACCGGCGCGGCUACGACAUGCUGAUUUCGGUGGUCGAUGCGGACAAGGAGACCGAGACGUACCGCGCGAUGAAGCGCAAUCGCCGGGUCGAUGGCGUGAUCGUGCACGGGCCGGUGGCCAGCGAUGCCCGCCCGGGGCUCCUGCACAGCCUGGGCCUGCCGUUCGUCGUGCAUGGCCGCACCCUGCAGGACGACGACAGCUAUAGCUGGGUCGACGUCAACAACCGCCGGGCCUUUGCCGAGGCGACACGAUAUCUCAUCGGCCUGGGACACCGGCGGAUCGCGCUGGUCAAUGGCUGGGAGCACAUGGUGUUCGCCCGGCGCCGGCGCGAGGGCUAUGAGGAAGCGCUGCGCGAGGCGGGCAUCGCCGUCGAUCCGCUGCUGAUGUCGAGCAACGAGAUGAUCGAACCUGUCGGCCAUGAGGCGAUGACCGCGUUUCUUGCCAGCGACGAUCCGCCGACAGCGGUUCUGGUCGCCAGCGCCCUGUCGGCGCUUGGCGUGAUGGGCGCGGUGCGCGAACACGGCCUGGUGCCCGGAACGGAUAUCUCCAUCAUCAGCUAUGACGACAAGCUGUCGUUCCUCGACAUCGGACCGGACGGGAUGGGUCUGACCGUGAUCCGCUCGGGCAUCGGCGAAGCGGGCCGCCACUGCGCCGACAUGCUGAUCGACAUGAUCGAGGGGCGGCGCGGCAUCGUUCACAUGCUGCUGGAGGCAAGUCUGGUGCCGGGCACGAGCACCGGGCCGCCCGCCGGUGUCGCGGUCUCGGGAAAAUCCGCGGCGGGCCGUUGA